GGCAUGGUGGAUGAUUUCGACGCUUAAUUUGAAAGACGAGCAUUUAGAAAUAAAAUAAAAAUCUUUACCAAGGCGAAGGUCGUAAUCAUGUCGAAAUCAAGUCGAAAUGAAACUUUUUGGGUAAUAUUGUUUUUUUAUGACAAGUUCAAACUUGAAGUUAGCAACAUUGCUUUAGCUGUCAGUGUCAGUCGCUUGCGGCCCGCUCGCUCGGACGACCGUGAAUACUAUCACACUCAAUCUUUGGUUUUGGGGCGUGCAGUACAAAUUUAACAUUAUUAUUUUCUGAAAUUAUCACAAGUUGUUACAUUCCUUCAAUUGUUAAAGGCCCAUUCCAACAUUUCUUUACUAUAUCAUCAGUUGACCGAAUAACAAGGAAUGGAAGACUUGAGUUUUUUGCCCGAUCUCCCGAGUGGGCCCCUGGAUGAGUUUAGAAGAACUGCCACAUUCGAUUGGAAGCGUUUAAAACUAGCGCUAGAAGGCGAUAUAAAUCUACUUAAACUUAAGUACAAAAUAUGGCACACACUAGAGAAGGACCCACUGUUCGCGCACUCCGCAGUCACUCCAUCCGUUGAAGAGCAGAAACGUAUCACCCAGCUCCAAGUCAACAGGAUAAAUCAGUACAAAUUCCUCUCGCCCGAAAUAAUGCGGUUUAGUUAUAUUAAAAAAACCAGAGCAAUAAUGACAAUCAACGAAGCAGUGCAAUCGCUCAACCCUAGCGUGUCAGUCAAGAUGGCCAUCGGCAUAUAUCUGCCCUCAAACGCACUGCUUUCGCUGGGUACUGAGCGGCACUACAAGUUCUACGAGGCACUACUAGUUAAGAGAGAGGUGAGUGACAACCCUAACGAUGUUAAUGAUAACAAUUAACGAGCAACAAUGACAAUCAACCAAGGCAGUGCAAUCGCUCAACCCUAGCGUGUCAGUCAAGAUGGCCAUCGGCAUAUAUCUGCCCUCAAACGCACUGCUUUCGCUGGGUACUGAGCGGCACUACAAGUUCUACGAGGCACUACUAGUUAAGAGAGAGAUCCUAGCGGCGUUCGCGUUGACAGAAGUCGCGCACGGCUCAGACGCGCGACUGAUGCGCACGACAGCGACCUACGACGCGACGACGCGACAAUUCGUGCUGCACUCCCCGGACUUCGAGGCUGCCAAAUGCUGGGUUGGUAAUCUAGGUCGAACAUGUACCCAUGCGCUAGUAUUCGCACAGCUAAUCACACCAGAUGGAACAAGUCACGGUCUACACGGUUUUAUGGUACCCAUCAGAGACCCAGAAACAUUGGAGACGUAUCCUGGUCUCAUUGUGGGCGAUAUGGGGGAGAAGAUUGGAGUCAACGGUAUUGAUAAUGGGUUCAUGAUGUUCAACCAAUACCGGAUACCGCGCGAGAACCUCCUGAACCGAACGGCUGACGUCACAGAAGAAGGCGUAUAUGAGAGCUCCUUCUCUGAACCUUCCAAGAUACUUGGAGCUGCCCUUGAGAAUUUAUCUGCAGGUCGCAUCGGCAUAAUGCAAGAGAGCUGCAACUCCAUAUCGUCCUGCGUGUCGAUCGCGGUGCGGUACGCGGCGACCCGCGCUCAGUUCGGCAGCGCGGCGCGCGAGAUUCCGCUGCUAGAGUACGAGUUGCAUCAAUGGCGGCUGUUCGGUUACGUGGCGGCGGCCGUAGUGUUCAAGGUAUACAUCGAGAGCUUCACCAGGAUAUAUCUUAAGAUUGUCGAUGCCUCGAAUUCUGGACAGAAAGUUGAUAAUUUGAGCGAAUCGGUGUCCGAAAUUCACGCUAUGGUAUCGAGUAGUAAGCCGAUGACAACUUGGACUGUACUGAGAGCAGCUCAACAGUGCCGCGAGGCCUGCGGGGGCCACGGAUUUAUGAAGCGAGCAAACCUUGGCGAAAUCCGCAGCAACCACGAAGCGACAGUCACCUACGAGGGCGACAACAGCGUGCUUUCCCAGCAGGCCGGCAACUGGCUCCUCCGGCAGUACGAGUGCAGCAAGACGCAGUCCGUGGACUCCCCGCUAGGGACCGUCACGUUCCUGAACCAUACUAGUGAAAUUAUGGAGCGACGUUUCGCUUGUACACACACUGCGCAGCUGAAAGACAAGGAAUUCAUACUAUCAACCUACAAAUGGCUUAUCAGCUGGCUUCUAAAAGAAACCCACGAAAAAUACGAAUCUCUCAUCGCGAGCGGCCUCACGAAGUUCCAAGCGAAAGCCAAAUGCCAAGUGUACAAGUGGCAGACGUUGACGGAAGUUUAUGCUGAGUACUUAGCUCUUCUGUUCUGUUGGGAGGCUAUUGGGAAGAAAGAGAAGGAGGUACAGCCGAUUUUGGAGAAGCUGUUUUUGCUGUAUGGUCUAUGGUCGUUGGAUAGGCAUUUAGUAGAACUGUACCAGGGCGGGUUCGCGUCCGGCCCGUCGCUGGCGGCGCUGGUCCGGCGCGGCGUGACGGAGCUGUGCGGCGCGCUGCAGGGCGACGUGGUGGGCGUGGUGGACGCGCUGGCGCCCACUGACUUCGUGCUCAACUCCGUGCUGGCCAGGAGCGACGGCAAGCUAUACCAAAACCUUCAAAAAGAGCUGUUCCACACGCCGGGCGGCAUGCAGCGGGCCACGUGGUGGCGGGACGUCGUGCCCGCGCCGCAGUCGAAGCUGUAAGCUUACUUAGCAUAUUAUUUAAGAGGCUUGGAAAUACAGUUGUACCGGUAAGGGGAAUGGCGCACUGCGUCCGAUUCGCACGUCGCUCCGAAGUUUGAGCGAGACAAGGUUAUGCGCGUAUUAUAGCGCCAUCCCGCUCGCACGUCGAAGCGACGUGCAAAUCGGACGCGGUGUGACAUGCCCCUAAGGGUAUAAUUCCAGUUCAGAAUGCAAGCAGCGGUUGGCUUAACUGCAUCUUAAUAAGGAUGAAGACACAUGUUGAAUUUGUUACUCUUUUUAUUCGCAAUAAUACAUAUAUAAAUAUAUUAAAAAAAAUAAAAACAUUUACAUAACAUUACGUUUGACCCUCUGUUUACUUUUUUUCCUGAACAUAAUCAUUUUUGCCUUUUUAAGGGUUAAUUUGGUAGAAAAAACAGGCCCCAAAAAUUUUUAAAGUUUAUUUUUUAUUUAGUCUUUCUAAAUAAAAUAGGUGCCAUUUGAUUCCUUACUAUUUUAUAGAAAAAAAUAAUUUGUAUGAAAGUAAAUAAACAAGCGCAAAAUGCUACGUUCAUAAUAAUACUUUUCUUGUUUUUCCAUUCACAAUCAUUGCUGACUUUUAUUUUUAUAUAGCUUUUAUACACGUCGUAUUGAGACUUUUAUAUGAACUAAUCGGAGUUGAAUUUAAUGUGCGACGGAAAGUGCUGCUGCUAUAUCGGAAUUGGAAUUAUACCUUAACGCCCAAAUUGGCAACAGAAAAUAAUAGUUUGUAAAGUAAAGAUGCUAUGGGAAAUUGGGGAAAUGUAGAAUGUUUUGUAGUCAAAAUUCAGGUAUUUAACUAGAUCAUCGAUCAUAUCGUCAGAUCAACCAAAAGUCAUUAAGCGCAAAUAAAUAUUAAACAAAAACCAACGUUGUUUAUUAGGUAGUAAUUAGUGAGGGGUCUCUAUUGUUUCCCAUAAAGUUUUAAGUCAUAAUGUAUUGUUUGUCCGUAUUUUUGUUAGUCAUAAUUUGGUUUUUCUCAGAAACGCGUAACUUUUCAGGAUUGCCAUAAAACAAACCUAACCUAAUAUAUCUAUAAGAUAAGCUUACGAAAAUCCUGAAAGUUAACGGUUCCAGAAUUAUGACUAAUGAUAAUCUAACUAUCAUUACAUUAUGACUUUCAAUAAUUAUGUCAAACAAAGGGAUCCGUUUAGUGAGUUUUGGUUGUCAUCCAGCAAGCAACACCGGGAAGUCGGCAUUCCCACUAUUUCCUCUCUGCCGAAGCACAUGCCCAACUGGGCAUAGCGCGGUGUGUUUUGUGACUCGUCCGUACACAAAUAGAUCGAGGUGUGCAAAAUUUGUCUUUGACGUGUGUCAUUUUCUAUAUAUUUAUAGGGAAUAUUACGCGAACCUCUGCGUAGGGAGCGCCACUACCACAAUCCAUCACAAUCUGAUGGUCUGCCGCGAAACAAGAACGAAAUUUCUUUAUCUAACCUCUCUAUCACUCUUGCAUAUUCGAGCGAUAAAGAGACAUAUAACUAAAUUUCGAUUUUCGCGUUACCAGGUAGGCCCUUUGUAAAUAAACCGCCUUGAUGCAUAAAUGUCAUAUUUUAUUAUCUGUGAAAACGUGUCAUAGAACGGUUUAAGGCACAGUAUGUAUAAUUACUCUAUGGUUUAGGAAAGGUGCUAGUGCUGCACUCUAGUGGCAGAACAUUGCAGUAAUACUCCCUAUUUAUGUCGUCAUUACAGAUUGUGUUUUGUAUGUAGUGAGUGAGAAGUGUGACUGUGUGCACGUUCCACGCAAAAAAUGGCAGAUUUAUUCGUACUGUAAGAUAUUGCUUGGGCUCCUCCCUUCCGACGUGUCGGAACCCGGUGUUGCUCGAAGUUGUCACCUGACGAUAUAAUGUGUUCAAUUAUUUAUCCACGUCGAUAAGUGAUAAAUACAUAUAUAUAAUACGCGCAUGCUAGUAUAAUCAAAUAUUCACUUGAAUAAGAAUAUCAAAUGAAUAUUUGCACCUGUAUAAUAAACCGUAUCCCUUUGUUUGACAUAUUGAAAGUCAUAAUGUAAUGGUAGUCAGAUUAUCAUUAGUCAUAAUUCUGAGACCGUUAACUUUUCAGGAUUUUCGUAAGGUUAUCCUAUAGGUUAGGUGAAAAGUUACGCGUUUCUGAGAAAAAACAAAUUAUGAAAUUAUGACUAACGAAAAUGCGGACAAACAAUACAUUAUGACAUUUAUGACUUAAAACUCUAUGGGAAACAAUAGAGACCCAUUAAAGACAUGACCUGCCCAAUAUUUUACUAUUAAUGUCAACUGUAAAGUUUAAUUAGCUGUCAAAUGCAUUUGUUUACGCCAAAAAGAAAUCGUGCAAGUCAAUUUUAUUGUAUGUUUAUUAUUGCAUUUUUUUUAAAUACAUAAAUGUAUUAAUUGCAUGCAUUUUAUUUGACAUUUUAUUAUUUUAAGUUGUAUUUAAUAUUAAUGGUAAAAAUGGCUAAUAUGAGAUAUGUGUAGGGAAGGGCUAGCAUAAAUGAUAUUUUAUCGCCAAAACUUAACUACCUAUUGUAUAAAACAAAAUAAAUAUACGAUCAUGUGCCUCAGUAACGCAUGCUAGUCCUAAAAUAACCUUUUUUUUUAAAGUUAGGGAAUAAUAUAUUAUAUAAUUUGCAAAACAAAUUAAAUGACGGUGUCCAGAUAAUGAAAUAAAAAUCAAGUGAUUUAAAUAUUUACAAAUGGUAUAUGGUUAAUCAAGUAUUUUGCGAAUAUGGUGCAGUCGCCAUCAGAUAUAUCGGAGCAGCGAAGGUGUUCAAUAAUAUCUGAACACGCUUCUAUUGUCAAGGCGUUAGUGGGUGUUCAGAUAUUUUUGGUGUCUGAUGGUGUACCACGGGAUAUUGAGUUCAUAUUUUAGAAUUUUCAUGUAUUCUAUCUGGUAUCGGUUAUUUUGCCAAUCUGGUACAAGGAAUAUUUUCAUGACGAAUAUAGUGUAUAAUCGGGUAUUCUGCGAUAUAAAUAUUGUCUAUGCGCGAAGCGAAGAUCGCUCUAGCCGUGGCAAAAAUGAAAACGAUCGUGGGCUCAAAUUUACAUACUUUGACGUGUCAAAUCAAUUAUAUGUAGUAUUUUUCAAAGUGAACGGUACGGUGACAGAUGUCACCUAAAUACAAUUUUGGGAAAUUUUGCGUUUUAAGUUAUAAAUUAAGGGCCGGCAGCGGGCAUGUAACCCCUCUGGAGUUGCAGGCGUCCUUAGGCUACGGUGAUUGCUUACCAUCAGGCGGUACAAAAAAUGUCACAUAGCCGCCAGGCGUGCGCCACUGCCGUGUAUAUAGCCAAUCUAAAUCUGUUUUCAGUGUAUAAUUUUAAAUCUAAUCUGUCAUUGGCAAUUAAUUCGGGCUCAAAAUAAUUUAAUAUUGCGUAGGUACGCGUAUCGUUACGUACGAGUACAAGACGCGUAGAGUUCUGGCACCAAGCGUCGCGUAAGCGUUUUAUAACUGAAAUUUAAUAGUUGAAAUCAUGGCGUCGCUGGCGUCAGAUAUCUUCGGCGGAUGUAUCGGCGGUCUUACUUUCUCGUCAGAUGAAGAUUUUAUAUUGUUUGAUUAUGUCAGAAGUCUUUUUUUACGCCUGUAUUACGUUACGCCUGACGUAAUGAUGAAAGAAAUCUCAUACACUACGCUACGAUGACGCUUCGUGUGCGGACUUGUUUGAAGUUGGUCGUGCUUAUAGCGCUCUCGUUUUACGCGCGUAUUACUAUACGCUUACGCGUCUCUUAUACUUACGCUCCGUGUGCUAAGGGCCUUAAAAAUCCAUUGGAAUGAAAUGAAUUUGAAAUUAUAUGUUAAUUAUAUUGUUUUUGAUAUAUGUUCGUAUGUACAAAUGUGUUCUUUUACAUGGGAUAGCAUUCAAAUGUUACUUACCUGAAUGAGUAUUAAGUGUUUCUAUUUUUUUUUCGGUUAAGGUGUAGCAAAAUAUCAACUAAAACACUAAGAUUUAAUGUAAAAUGUAAGGGUAAAGAAGUAUAUUAUCAGCUGCCUACAUCUUAAACCGUAUUAAUUUAAGACACACUAGCUUAGAGCAUUUAACCUUUAACCUUUUGAACGCCACGCCUAUCGUACGCGGCGCGUAAUCGUGAACCUUGUUGGUAUGCAUGAAGGUCGAUAUGGGGCAUUAGCCGCGCGCGUCAUAUGACGUCUUUGGCGGUCAAAAGGUUAAGAUAUUAUCCUGUUAUUAGAGCUCAACGAGGGGGGUGGGGUUAGGGUCGUCAACGCACAUGUAACUCCUCUGGAGUUGCAGGUGUACAUAGGCUACGGAGACUGCUUACCAUCAGGCAGGCCGUAUGCUUGUUUGCCACCGACAUAGUAUAAAAAAAAAUAAAAAAAAUCCCUCUGUCGAAAACCUCGGCCAAUGGUCAUAUUCACGUCAUAAGUACUUAUUGUAUGGACUGACGUUGGUCUGACAUACAUUUUAUGGAAGGUAACGAAUGAAAUCUCCAUGUACCAAAAAGUGUCCAUCAAAAAACCUUAAAUAGGUGGCGCUACAAUACCUAGAAUAUUUGAAAGAAAAAAACAAAUCGUAGACAGCGCAUUUAACUCACAUAACGCCUAGGUUCUUAGCUACUCUAGUGCUACUCUGGAGAGAUUUGGAACUAUUAUUUAUAGCUGACAGCUGGACACUUGCAACAGUUCUGCCUAUGGAGAUUGCUUUCCUUACCUCUACCUUCAUAAUACAUUUGACGUAACCCUCCCCCGCAAAAAUCGGUAGACUGUUUUGUACAAAAUUACAGACAAGGCGUCUCCGGUUAAAUGCUCUAAGCCUACUAGCAAAUCAAUUUAUUUAUUUUGUACAAUGUUAUAUUUACUGUUUUUAAAUGUUACAGUUUAACUUUUUCAAUGUUAUUAAUCAUGAUAAACUCACUUUUAACAAAUGUGUAGUAGGUAUGGUGUUUUUUUUUUUUAUAAAUAUUGGUUAUAGUUCGUGCCAUCCACGAUGACGCACAGAUUUGUCAAAUCUAGCCUUUAAUAACAUGACAUUACGAGUUAAGACACGCGUCUUCGUGAAUGACACGAUCUAUAAAUCAUUUAAGUUCAAUGUGGAGAAGACUUUCUACAAGCUCUUUCGUCACUUCUACGCAGAGUUUGUACAGUCACGUUUAAAAAUAUCGAUACGAUCAAAGUGCCAAAAAUAUGUAUACACGACCUUAUUUUAUUUAUAUUAAGGUCGUGUAUACAUAUUUUUGGCACUUUGUCCGUAUCGAUAUUUCCAGACGUGACCGUACACAUCUGCACUUACCGAAGAUCGGCAGUGCAGACGAAGAAGCUAAGCUAGGUUGGUCCUUAUUUUGUCGAGGUUAUAUUUUUUAUGUGUUGUUUUGUAAAAUCGACCACUAAAAAAAACGAAAAAGUGCGAGUCGGACUCGCCCACCAAGGGGGAGGGGAGGGGAGAAUUUUUAGCAUUUGUUGUUAUAGCGGCAUCAGAAAUACAUCAUGUGUGAAAAUUUCCACUGUCUAACUAGCACGGUUCAUGAGAUACAGCCUGGUGGCAGACGGACAGACAGACAGACGGUCGGACAGCGGAGUCUUAGUAAUAGGGUCCCGUUUUACCAUUUGGGUACAGAACCCUAAAAACCAAUGUUUUCUUUUUAGAAUUUUUAAAUACAGAUUCUUUUUUUAGCCAUUUUAGUAUAAGGUGGCCAGUAAUUGGAGGGUGGUCAGUAAUAGACGGUUUACCCUAUGUAUUUUCUAUUUUUUUGUAUUUAAAAAUUUUGAAGAAACAUCAUUGGGUUUUUAGUGGUAGAUUUUACACUAAGCGGUGCCCCAUAGUUAGUUAGUUAGUGCUUCUAAGCAUUUUCCGCAAAUUGACAACCAUUGUGCUUAUUUUGCGUGAAAUCGAGGUAGCGCUACUCUAACCACCCCAGCUCCUCCACGAAGCCUAGCAAAGCUUUCAGGUUGUUAAUUGCCUUAAGUGUGCACGGAAUCCCUACUUCAGCAAAUACCUAGUUGCUCCUGUAUACUUCUACCUGUUUGCAGUUUAGGAGAAUGUAUUUUGUUGUUUCCUCUUCUUCCAUGCACGCUCUGCACAUGGGGCUGUCUGUUUGCUUCUCGGGUCCAUGAAAAAAUAUAAAUAAAAUAAAAUAAGCCUUUAUUGCUGUUCUACAGUGAUAACAAUAUUAGGUUUUUCUUUUCCGACGACUGAGUUUUGUAACAACAGCUUGUCUUUCGACAAAGGCCUCCUCUAAAGAGUUUCAUUUCUCCCUAUCUCUUGCGAGUCUCGUCCAUCCUGGGCCGGCCACUUUCCUGAGGUCAUCUUCCCAGCGUUUCCAUUGGCCACCCUGGUUCCUUUCACAACCUAUUGGGCACCAUUCUGUUAUCUUCCUAGUCCAUUUAUCAGUUUUUUCUCUUAUCAUGUGUCCUGCCCACUUCCAUUUUAGUGUUUUACAUACUUUGUUCGCAUCUUUGAAUUUGGUGAUACCUUUAAUUUUGUUUAAUUUUAUUUUAUCUAUUCUUUUUACUCCAAUUACACUUCUCUCUAUUCCAUUUUGGCAUACUUUAAUUUUGUUGGUUAAUUUUUCAGUUAGUGACCAUGUUUGGCAACCGUAUGUUAAACACGGAAGGAUGCAUGUGUUAAAGACUUUCCUUUUUUCCUUUAUUGGCAUGUCUUGGUUUUUCAUUACUUCACUAAGUGACCAAAAUCUUUUCCAAGUGUUGGCAAUUCUUCUAUCAAUUUCUUUAGCCAUAGUAUCACUGGUCGCUAUUAGCUGACCCAAGUAUACAUACUCGUCAACAUAGUCUAUUUUUUCCUUAUUUACCAUGAUGGUGUGACUAUGUGAACCGUUAGUCAUAAUUUUGGUUUUGUUUGUGUUCAUUGAAAGGCCAGCUACUAUGCUUUGGUCUGAUAGUUGUUGUAGCAUUUGUUCUAGAUUUUCUGGACAUUCUGAGAAUAGAAUCAAAUCGUCUGCAAAACGCAAAUGAUUCAGAUUUUCGCCAUUUAUGUUGAGUCCAUUAUUAUUCCAUUCCAGAUUUCUGAAUAUCAUCUCUAAGGCCGCCGAGAACAACUUAGGAGAAAUUGGAUCACCUUGUCGGACUCCUCUUUCUAUAGAGAACUCUUUUCCCGUUGCUUCUAGUCUGAUUUGGGCAGUGCUUUUGGAGUAUAUGUUUUUAAAUAAUCGUAUGUAUUUUUCUUGGAUUCCUUGAGUACGCAAUGCUUCCCAGAUGUAAUCAUGUUCUAAAGAAUCGAAGGCUUUGUUGUAAUCGACAAAUCCUAGAUAGUAGGUUUUAUUGUAUUCCCUGUACUUUUGUAGAACUUGUUUUAAAACAUGGAUGUGGUCGACGGUUGAAUAUUUGCUACGGAACCCCGCUUGUUCUUUCGGUUGAUUUUCGUCGAGUGUCGAUGUGAUUCUGGAAAGUAUUACUUUUGAAAAGACCUUGUAUAUAUUCGAUAACAAACUGAUCGGUCGAUAGUUGCCAAUUUCUCCUUUAUCUCCUUUUUUGUGUAACAGAAUUAUAGUUGAUUUGGUCCAAUCUGUAGGAAUAUUUUCGGUUUCUACAAUUUCGUUAAAUAUAUCCGUCAGUGCAGGGGUAAUAGCCGGUAUAGUAGCUUUUAGUAGUUCAUUUGUUAUUUGGUCUGUUCCAGGGGUCUUGUCUCUUCUUUGUGUAUUGAUUGCUCUUAUGAUUUCCUCCUUCAAUAUUUUUGGUAUGGGCUCGGGGUCUGUUAUGUCACUUCCAAUUGUCGUUAUUUUUGAGUGGUUACUUUGGUAUAGGUCUCUAUAGUAAUCAGUAGCUAUUUUAAGCAUUUCUUCUCUAUUGCUUGUAUAGGUUCCGUGAUUUGUUUUUGCUUUUAGCAUCCAAUCCUUUUUGCAGUUCAAUUCUUUCAUAGCCUUUUUUGUUCCCCCGGUUUUUUCAAUAUGUUUUUUUAAUGUAUCUUGUCUUUUUAGUUUUUUGUCUUUUCUUAUGUGUUCAUUAAUUUUUUUGCUAAUGUCUGCUAUUUUGAGGCGGUCAGCUUUACUUUCCUUGCUUUGUAGUAGUUUUUUUCUCUCUUGUAGCAGCUGUUGUGUCUCCGUGGAAACUACGCUUUUACUUAUUGAAUUUACUUUUUUAGUUUCUGAUUGUAAAAUAUUUAUAAAUUUGUCAUAUUUUGCCUGGGUUGCUAUGUUGUCUUGCUUAUCUUUUCCUAUUGACUCUUGUAAAUAUCUUAUGAGUUGGUCCUUAUUGUAAGUGCAAGUAAGCGAAGAAGUAUCCUUGUGCUUCAUCCUGUUCCUCUUUAUAUUUAUGCCGCUUAGUUUAGCUCGAACCAUUUUGUGGUCCGAAUUAAAGUUUAAAUGGUGUAUGAUUGACACAUCCUGGAACAUUUUGGCGUUAUUAGUCAUGAUGAAGUCUAUUUCGUUCUUGUAUAAGCUGUUUGGGGAAAUCCAUGACCACUGUUUUGUUUUCUUCUUUUUAUAAAAAGUAUUAAGGAUUCUGAGUUUGUUUUGUAAAGCAAAGGUAACUAACCGAUCCCCGUUAUUGCUUCUUUCGCCAUGACCAUAUUUCCCCACUGUGAAUUCUUCUCCACUGUUGCCGCACAUUCCUACUUGUCCAUUAAAAUCCCCCAUUACUAUAAUGUUUUUAUGGGAACUUUGAAUAGUUUUUUGUAAGUCUUCAUAGAAUUUUUCGAUUUUUAGUUUACUACUUGUUUCGGUUGGAGAGUAUGCUUGUAUGAUAGACCACUUUUCUUCUUUUUUAAAGGGUAAUGUGAUGUUCAACAAUGUUAUUCUUUCAGAUAUUCCUUUGAUUUCUUCAAUACUGUGUGUAAGGCUCUUCUUGAUUAGGAAUCCCACCCCGUACAGGCCGGGUGUCUCUCCUUUGUAGUGUAGGAUGUACUCUUGAUAUUCUUCUAUUCCUUCGCCAUAUCUCCUCAUUUCACUAAUUCCUAUUAUAUCCCAUUUAAUAUCCUUUAUGGCUAAUUCCAGCUCAAUAAGCUUUUCAGUAGUUCGCAGUGAUCUUGUAUUAAAGGUUGCUAUGUAUAUUUCAGUGUUACGUUUGUCUAUCUUUAGAGGGUUUUGGUCUUUUCCCCCCACGAGGACCAGUCGGCUUGGGGGGUUUGUUUCUGUUGUAUUCUUGUCUUGUUUUUUAGUUAGUUGUUGUUUCCAGUCGCCGGUGUCUAAUUGCUAUUGUUCGUUGGUAGCAGAGUUGCUGGAGAGAGAUAGAGAACGGCCUCUCAUUAUAUCAAACGCAUUUAUUCGAUAAUUGUUAGAUGCAUUCAUUAAUGUUUGUUGUUUCCUUGGCUGAGAAUCGUUUUGCGGGGAGGUAGAUAUUUCCCUUUUUCUUUUAUCUUUAGUAUUGAUGGUAUUCUUGACUAUCAGUUGAUCGUACUUUAUAAAGGCAAUAUUUCCCUUUUCCCGUUCUUCUGUAAGCUUGGGUUGUAGGGCUUUCCUCUUUUCUAGAGUUUCCUUUGAGUAAUCGUCCGUAACAUAUAUCUCCUUGAGUUUCUUUUUAUUUUUCAUGAUUUCACUCUUUUUCCAUUUACUUACUAGUGAUAGAAGCGUAGGCUUGGGUUUCCCAGUCUUAUUAUUAUUCCCAAUACGGUAUAUUUUAUUAAUAUCCCAGUCCUCUAUUUUUAUAUUUAAAUCCUUUGAAAAGCAUUCUUUCACUUGUUUAACUAGCUCCAGCGUGGAUGUCUCCUCUUCCUUCAACCCAUGAAUGAUUAUGUUGUUGGCUUUUUUUUUUCUCUCUCCAAAUACUCCACUUUUUUCUCCAGGUUUUCAACUUUCUUUUGCAAAUUUUUGUUUUCUUCUAGAAUAGGUUUUAGUUUUUCAUCAAUUUUUUCCGUAAUUGUAUUAGUUAGUUCUUCUGUUUGCUUCUGCAUUUCAACUUUCAUUUUAUCGAACAGUAGUUGGAAUUGGUCAUCCAUAUUUUGCGUGUAACGAACCGUAUAUGUCAAGUGGUGAGUUUUACUUCUUCUCGCUGGCAACACUGGAUGAUACUGACAGUUGAUUUUGAUGUACGAGUUGGUGACAGUUUUUAAUUAAGGUCUUUGUUUAUGAACUUCACUUCUAACCUCAAAACGACCGUAGGUUGUUGUACUCCAAUUGUUGUGUAAUCCUUCUAUUUUUUGCACUGUUUUUAAUAAGUAACACUCAGUUGUCACUUUGUUUUCCAUUCACCGUGAUGUGUUUGUGAAACUGCUAGGUUUUCCUAUUUAUUUGUGAUUAAUUUCACGGAUCGUCGGCACUGUGUUGUGUACAAUAUGACAACCGGAACCGGACCGAAAAAUAUAACAUCGACGAAAUAAGGACCACCCUCAGCUAAGCUCUUCCUAUCUGUCUGAGCGACGUGCGUAUACAGUGACCUUAGCCAUUGGACAAACCCUGAAAUCCCACGUAGGGUUACUUCUCAGGAAUGCUCUGACGUUAAUAUUUUAUAAAUUAGCACAAAAGAAAAAAUAAUAAUUUUUUGAACAAAAGUUAUUUGCAAUAAUCGACAACAAAAAGAAACACACUGUGUUAAUCUUUGGCAGUGUUUUUGACAAUUUGUUCGAAAUAUUUGAUAAUGAUGGCAUUUUUCAAAAGUCAGAAGCUUAUUAGCGUCAUAAAUUAAAAUAAUAAUCAAAAAGGUCCAAGAAGGUUCCAUACUAUUAUUUUAGGAUAUUACCUUAGGAGCUACUAACACAUACAGGCUGCUCCAAAGUAAAAUAUGGUAAUUUGUUAUAAUUAUAAUUAUAAAUUAAUUAUUUCGGCUUUGUCCAAUGGCUAGGGACACAUUGUAUAAACACGAGUGUUCUUGCCCUCUGACAAUCAUCUCAACCAAAAAUGUUAUAUACUGGUCUUUACUACAUUGAACUUAACGCAUUUACUGCUAAGCUAUACUUUUAGUGCCACAUAGCUUUAGUUUUUCCUGGUAUGUAACGAAAAUCCUUCGUAGAGGUGAAACGACAAUGUGUCGUGAUUAGCGUUGAAUCGGUUCAUUUUGCAUUUACGUUUACUGUCAAUACUUGGUUACUUAGCUCUGUAAAUUAAUAGGAAAAUGUCGCUUUCCACCAGAGGAGGGUCCUUAUGCUUCACCUGAUAAGGCCCUUUUUAUCAGAAUUUCUAUUGAAAUUUCAGAUGGAGACGAUCUUAAUGUACUUGAAGCAUAAGGAGCCUUCUGUUAUGGAAAGCCACAAAUUUUGUCUAGAUUUAUAUUAGAAGAAAUAUUGGUGUCUAAUAAUAGUAAUAAUUGUGAUAGAUUUUUCAACAUAAAAUCAUUUUAGAUAUUCAAAUACAUCUUCGGAAAUAGGGUCGUCAGAUGACGGGGGAACUUACCAUACAUUUUGACUUUAUCUAAUAUUAAUUUGCUGGAUUUUUUUUAAAUAUAUUUAGAGUAUCAAAGGCCCUUUAAAUAAAAUUAAAAAAUGUUGGUAUAAAAUAUUACAAACGCAUUGUAUAGUAGUUUUUAAUAUAUUUUCAAUGGGGAACACUACCUAAGUUAAAAAGCCUUUCAUUAUGUAUGUGACGUAUAUCUUGAAAUUAUUAGAAAUUAAUGUAUAUAUAAUUAUAUACUGUGCUUCUGAGGUAUUCUAGAAUAAUUAUUUAAAGAAACGAUGUUUCGAGCUUAUCAAUAAAAUUAUAAAAAUAGUCCAUAAUAUGUAGUAUGUUUAGUUUCAAACUACCAACCUAGGUACAGCCGCCAUCAGAUAUAUCGGAGCUGCCUCUAGCGCCUUUACAAUAGAGGCGUGUUCAGAUAUUUGUGAGCGCCUUGGCCGCUCAGAUAUAUCUGAUGGCGACUGUACCAAUCAUAUCAGCAUGAUCAAGUAUGGCCUACCCAAGAUGAUAAUCGUUAACAGAAAACGCCGAUAGAAACUUAAAUAAUGUAUGGGAUAGUCCAUCCUUUUCUUUUCGCGUUUGUCGAUGUACGAUUGUCAACUUGACUGGACCCCCGGAUAUGCUUGUGGAAUUUUGUUCCAGUUUGAUCGAAUCGGAUUUUAGAUAUACACCUUUUAUGCCUUCUUUCUUACCUUAAGGUAUUAAAAUUUUCGGGCGCCAAAUGUUUCAAUAAGUGUCCCUAUUCUAAAUUAAUUUAAGUAAACGUUAACAGGGUAGUCAGAAACAUCCUGUAUGUAUUAAUACUAUUAAUAGUUUUAUUGUCCAAUGGAAUGUUAUUACGAUAAUGAAUGUUGUCGACUUUUAAACGUUUUUACCUACUUAGGUAUAAAAAAACAUUGAACUUAUAAUGUGUGUGAAGUUAAAAAAAAUCGUGCCCCGAAUUUGACAGAUAAUAAAAUUGUCAAAUGUUAAUUUUUGACAGCCAGAGUUACCGCAUAAUGUACGGAGCCGUACAGCGCCAUCUACAGUCGAAUUCCAAGCACGAUUUUGUCUUAGACUACGCAUCUAAUACAAUCUAUAAAUCUUUGGUAUGCAUGUGGUCUGUGUAUAGUUAGUUAAAUAUCUGACACUAACACACAUUUUACUCGGCAUGUCAGAUGGGAAAGUACCUAUUAAUAAAUAUUGUCAGUAAAUUCUUGGAUUUUCAGAUCUGUCACAGGACUUACCUCAGUGUUUACCUCUAAAAGCUCAAUUUGCAUUACAUUGUGCAGACAAUUUAAUUUGAAUUCUAUGUUAUUUUUCCUAGAUUAAUUGAACUUGUAAUGUAUGUUCGAGUCAAAUCUUGCAAGCGGAAUUAGACCCACUUCUCAUUAUUUUAUUGAGCUGAAACUUCACAUAUUCACUUGCAAUGUUAUGGUACCAUCGAGCUGAUCUGAUGGACAAAGGAGGUGGCCAUAGGAACUCUGUGAUAAGACAACCCAACCUAAUUGUGUUUUGGCUUAGAAUUGCCUCGAUGAGUAUUAAUUGCCGGUUGAAAGAAAAGUGCACUCACCGAUUAUAACUUUAUUAAAAUGAAAUUUUUGGCAACUUUGCAAAUGAAAUUUGCAAUAUAGGUGACGACAUCUGACGUGCCGUGGUAUAUGUGUAUUUCUAAAAAAUAAAAACAUUUAAAAUUAAAUAUCAUUACAUAUCCUAUGCAUACGACUAUGUAACAGCAUCGCAGUGUCUUAAAAAAUCUUAGGUAACUAAAGGGUAUGAAAAAACGGAGAUUAAAUUGACAGUUUACGAAUUUUUGCGAUAGUUUCCCAAAAACCACAUUUUAAAUCUUUGUCGGUCAUUUGGUAAAAAAAAUGUGACGUGUCCGUGGUUCUUGGUAUGUUAACAAUUUCAUUUAAGCCUUAGAGCAUUCAGACUAGAGUCGCUUUGAGCCGCCUCUGCCGAGAACUUUGCACAAGUCUAUACUUUUGUAUGGACGGACGUAUAUCUGACAUGGCUAUUUUUACGUUAUAUACAAAUAGCCAUACAUUUGACGUACCCCCCCUUCCGCAAUAAUCGGCUUACAGAACUGUGUACAGAAAAUGACAGACAUGGCGUCUCUAGUCUAAAUGCUUUAAUUUCUAAGCCGUCCCUCUAUUUGUAUCUUCGCCUUAAAUCUUUUUUUUGUAAAGGGAACGGGAAUGAGAUUUCUAAAAGUUUUAUUAUGAUUUUUUACUGGAAUUUCUUUUUAGAUGUAAGUAAAGUUUUCGGACCGGGCCAUUUGUGGCCAUGUGUUAUAAUAUGUAUAUUUCUUUAUUGUUUGUGAUUUCUUUAUGUAACAAAGUCAUUCCUUCACUGUCGAUAAUUUAACUAUGUCUCCUCAGAAGUGCCUUCCUCGAAUGUAUUGUAUUAUUAUUUAUAAAUAAAUGUCUUCUAUGAA